AUGCCGACCCUCCCUUUCAACGGAUCGCUUGAUGCUCAAAGCUGGAACGUGGCCCGUCCGCAGGAGAGCAUGGACUGGGACUGCCAUUUCACUGGCGGGUGGAGACGGGCGCUGCCCCUGAUCGGCUUCUGUGUCUUCAUGACUUUCAUGGUAACGUAUGUCUUUUCAGUGACAGGUCGGCACAGAAGACAACCUCCAUGGAACGGCCCGUCGAGGAUCAACGUGGAGUCGUUGAUUCUGUACCCGGAGUACACGCGCCGUGCGUUCAACGAGACUUCACCCUUACUGAAAGCUGAGACUUGGAAGCAGUGCUAUCUGCCUCGACCGUAUCAAGCCUAA